AUGGAGACAAGAAACUGCUCCUGUUGAGAGUUUUAGCUUAGACUGCAUUUAUCCAGGCAAGUGUUAACCCCAGUUUAUCUACUGUAAAACUCACCGUUGUUACCCCAAAUUCUUACUAGCAGUUAUGCAGCAUACAGCAGCUUUUUCAUACUGCUGUAGCAUGGUUGUAGUUGCUUUGAUAAUUACUGCUGCUAGACAACUGCCAAAGAAAUGAUAAAAAGCCUUCAAAGGGCUUAGAUUGCUGGAUCUUGCCUAGUCAUACCUGUUCCUGUGCCUUUAAAAGCAUGCUGACCUGAAGUAAUCAGAAUAUGAAGUUUUUCACUACACAGGGCUAAGCAUUAUCACAUCAGUUUCUGCACACCUAACCAUCAUUAAAGGUUAAGUAUAUGAAACUGUCAAAAUGCCUGUUAGGAGGCGGGAAGGACAGCUGGAAAAAUGUAUAGAUGAUGCUACAAGAAAAAAUGACUUCCAAGCAUUGGAACAGUUCUUGGAAACUGAUUUUUCUGGUGGCAUUUCUCACAAAUGCAGCAAACAGUUUCUCAAUAAAUUAGACAAACUUAUAUGCCAGGGACUUGACAAUGAAGAAGUCAAGAAUGUUUCCACUAUGUUGAAUACUCUUCUGAAACAAGGCAGAAAUAUAACCAUAUUAGGAGAAAUUGGGUUUCCAGCAAUGGUAGAAUAUGGUCUUGUUCAAAAGAUGGUAAAUUGGUUUGAAAAGGCUCAAGAGAUAAUCCAAAAUACAGUAAAUGAAAAGAAUGACAAAUUUGCCACUCUGUUUGAAGACUUCUUUGAUGUUCUUAUGAUAGUACAUGAUACCAGCAGUAAAGGUAAAAUACAAGUACUAGAAAAUUUUGUUUUGCGAACAUGCACACUUGCUACCGAUAAAAGAAUUAACAUUUAUAUUCAGCAGGAGGCAGUAAGAAAAUUGAACACAAUGCUUGAUUCUAUGCCCCGAGAUACUAGAAAGAAAAUUAUUUCUACAGAGGAAAUGCAAGAAGUCAUGAAUGAUAUGGGAAAGAGAAUUUUGGAAGCUGGGGACUAUGACCUCCAAGUUGCCAUUACAGAAGCUUUGUGCAGAAUGACAUCAGAAAAACAGAGGCGAGAACUCGCAAGCCAGUGGUUUUCAAUGGAGUUUGUUAGUAAUGCAUUUAAAGAAAUUAAGGAUUCUGAGUUUGAAACAGAUUGCAGAAAGUUCCUUAACCAGGUGAAUGGCAUUUUUGGAGACAAAAGAAGGGUUUUUACCUAUCCUUGUUUAUCAGCUAUGCUUUGUGAACAUGAGCUACAGAUCCCAGCAGAUGACAACCUUGAAGAAUUUUGGAUUGAUUUUAAUACUGGUAGCAAAAGUAUAUCCUUCUAUGUUGCUGCGGAUGAUGGCGGUCAUCAAUGGGAAACUGUUUGCAUCCCUGAAGAAGAAGUAAAAACAUACAUUAUUGAAGAGAAAGACAAUAAGAAAUUGUUGACAAUACAUUUACACAAUCCAAUGUCUGUGGGUAUCCAAGAAGGAGAGAAAAUAAUACUGCAUUUUGAUUCGGCAUUGGAAAUUGUGGAUGCAGCGUUGAAGGUUUAUGGUGCCUAUAAACGUCAGGGAUUUACAAAGAAGAAUACUAUGUCAGUUGCCAAAACAACAGUACAUGUCAUUUUUGAUGAAAGUGAAUCACAGGUUAUUGUACCAGAAAGUCAAGUAUCUCCUUUGGAAGAAAACUCCUGUAAACCACUGGAAGAUAAAGAAACUCAUUCCCCAGCACAUCAGUAUCUUCAGACACAGAAAAAUUUGAAUCAGAAACUUAAUAAGGGGGACUUGCAAACGGUUAAAUCCAAGAUUAAUCCAGGUAAAAGGAAAGUGUCUGAGGCAUCAAUGGUGGUGCUGUCUGCUGCCAGGUUGUCUAUGCCAAGUCCAUUACCAGCGGUUAAUACUUCAACUCCACUGAAAAGUAGGGUUAAAGCACCUCUUCAAAUGACGAGCUCUAUGGGAAGAACUGAUAUUUUCUCAAUAACUGAGGAAAGAGCAGUGAAUUUCAAUCAAGAAGAUGAUUAUGCAGCUCUAUCUUCUGUUACCAAGUCUGUAAGAAAGGAUAAUUCUGCUGCAAAAAAGCAAGCUCCAAUUCAAAAUGUUGAAAACAUGCCUUAUGAGGAAGAAGUUUUAAACACCUGUGAAAAACAAAAAGCAGAUGAAUUGAUGGAUAUUGUUCCUGAUUCUCAGCUGGUAGAAAGAAGUGACAAAUCAUUGUUACCUGGCAUUCUGGAAAAUUCUGCUGCAGAAGCUAGAACUCGGAAAAAACAGAAGUGUUGGGUACCUGAGCAGAUAAUAUCACAUUGUAACAAGCAGAAUAGUAGUGCACUGGGAAAUACAGACUAUCAAGGUCCUAAUUCAUGUAGUAAAGCUGUCAAGCCAAGAGUGUUCACGUCAGUAUUUGAAAUGCCUUCUCCAGGGCUGAAAAACAAAAUCACAGCUAUGGAAAAAUCGUGGAGCAGCAAUACAAUGAAAUCAGUAAAAUACCAGAAAAAACUGGCAAUAUAAAGAGCACAGAGUCACGGAACAGUUUUAAACAUUUGGAUGAGAGCAUAUCAAAAGAUAACAGCAUAAAGCUUGCUCCUGGUAAACAUGAAAUGUCACUUAAAGCAACAACGAGUUCAAGACACUCAGAAUUAGUUAUGGAAACCAAUUGACGAUGCUAGCUUUGAUGUUUCUUUUGGAAAAGGAACUGACAAGAAAACAGAUCAG